AUACACGUCAUACAUCAGGUAUAAUUGGAGCUUCUAUAAAACUGUAUAAAAGCUUUAAACAUAAGAUCUGAAGUCAUCAUUAGCAUUUGAAGUUCACAACAGGUGAAAUGUAUUUUAAAAAUAUUUGUUUUAUUCUGUUGGCCUCUAUUGGUCCUUACGUGAUUGGAGGGGCUCAAAACUUCGAAAGUACGAAUAGCCAAAACCCUUGGAUUCAGAACGAGAAGGAUAAUAAGCAUCAUCCACAUUCAUCAGCUCAACAUAGUCCUCAAUAUACAUCGGAAUACCCCUCGGAGUACACCCCCUACUACCCACCUCAAUACACACCACCCUAUCCAACCCAAAGUAGACCUCAGAAUCCAUGGCAAUCUAAGCCACCACUCACAGUACAAAAUAAGCCUCGGCCAUCAACGUCGACGACAACGACACUACGACCAUCACCACCACCACCACCACCAGUUCAACAUCAACAUCACCAACCGCAUCCAGUUCAUCAUAAUCAAAUUUCAAAUCCGUCAAUAAAACCAACGACGACGACGCCCACCGGGUAUCCGUCCCAGGCUUUAGACCAAUACAACCAUGUUUACCCCGAUGGCAGUUACGAAUUUAGAUAUGAGCUACCCGAUGAGACCGUUCGCUACGAGAAAGGUUACUUUAUCCAUUACCAUCACAAGCAGAGCCUUGUUGUUAGGGGUUAUUAUUCGUACAGACUUCCUGGAAAAGGCUACUUGACAGUGUUUUACACAGCUGAUCACUAUGGAUAUCGGCAAGAUUCAUAUGGGAUUACACAAAACCGUCCGCAACUACCACGUUCGUUGGGGGAGAGGAGACUUUUGGAAGAUGAAGAGGCAAUUAAUAUUGUAUCUAGUAUAAAUGAAAAUAAGUUGCAAUGAGGAUUUUUAAACAUUAUUAAGGAGAUAAAUUAAUUUUUUUAUAUAUAAAACAUGGAGCAAACGAACUUUUCCUUUUAACGUUUUUAAACUUUGAAGCCAUUAAA